AUGAUUUUCCCCAAGGGUCUUUGCCAACUAGUUCAAUUGGCCCUUUUCUUCGGCCAAGGUCCAUCUUCCGGUGAAGCAGCCAGCCUUCCGGCCCGAGCGGACAAAAGUCGCACUGUUGCCCCUGCGAAUUGUAUUGUGGUAAAGCCCAGCGGUGCUAGUGCAUCGGAGUUCACCAGCCUACAAGCUGCCGUCAAUUCUAUCGGCUCAUCUACGGAGCCCUCAUGUAUCUUCCUUAGCUCAGGAACUUACAAUGAGCGAGUCGACAUCAAGGUCAAAGCACCAUUGACCCUCUAUGGAUCAACCACCGAUACUGGAAGCUAUAAGAAGAACACCGUCGUUAUCCAGAAUACUCUGGGGUCUCAAGAUGCCGGCUCUCUGGACGCAAGCUCAACCGUCAAUCUCAGAUCCAACGACUUCGCCGCCUACAACAUUAAUUUUGUCAAUGGAUAUACAGCUGGGCAGGCUGUUGCCUUGACGGCAAAUGGCAACAAAACUGGAUUCUACGGCUGCUCCUUUAAGUCGUACCAGGAUACUCUAUAUGUCAAGGCUGGCUGGAUGUACUACUCCAACUGUUAUAUCGAAGGGGAGGUUGAUUACAUUUUCGGCAACGGUCAUGUAUGGAUAGGCGAAUCCACUAUUGCGUCUAAUGGACCGGGCUACAUCACGGCCUCCUCUCGGACCGAGCCAACGGACAGCUCCCGUUACAUCAUCGAUCACAGCACGAUCACAUCUACCGGCACUCAAGAUUUGACUAACAAAGUCUAUCUCGGACGUCCUUGGAGGGUCAACGCACGAGUUAUGUACCAGUACAGCACCUUGACAAGCGUCGUGAGACCAGAAGGCUACUCACCCAUGGCCGAAGGAGCAACACCUAUCUUCCAAGAGUUCGGAAACACUGGUGCUGGCGCUAAUACUUUAAUGAGAACGUACUUCACUCCAUCUGAUAAGGCUCUGACGAAGCAGGAUCUGUGGGGUGCCGACUUCAAGUGGUAUGAUACGAGCUACUAA